CGCAUCGGUCUGUCUUCUCAGUGGAGCAGUUCAUUGAAAGUAUAGCUGCUACUAGCGGAGCGGAGCCCCACCACUAGCCCUGCCUCUGGAAACGAGAUCCAAGCAAGAGACAGCAAAGCAAACUAUCUAGCUAUCUACGCUCGCUCGCACGGACACGACACGCACAAAGAUAAAAAGAGACUCGCUAAACACCAAAUAGAACCCAGAGAAAUCAGCCAAGCCACAGUCACCAUGUCAAGAGCUGAGAAUGAACGCUGCAGCAACCCAGGCUUGCUCCAAAUCUCAACGUCAGAAGUUGAAAACAGCCUUGGCAGUUCAAAGAAGAUGUGCAUCUCCCGGCGAAUAUUGCUGCUUGUGCUCACCUUCCUGGCAUAUACGAUUGAUUCGGUCUCUGCAUACAGUCCUGCCGAAACUCUUUGUGGUGGAGAGCUGGUGGACACACUACAGUUUGUCUGUGGGGAGAGAGGCUUUUAUUUCAGUAGGCCUGUGGGUAGAAACAGAGGAAGACUCAAUCGUGGCAUUGUGGAGGAGUGUUGCUUCCGGAGUUGUGACCUGAAUCUUUUGGAAACUUACUGUGCAAAAUCUGUCAAAUCGGAGCGGGACCUCUCUUCAUCUCUUGUGGUUUUACCAGCAAUAAACAAGGAUAUCUUCCAAAAGCCUACCCAUGGCAAGUACUCAAAAUACGACAUUUGGCAGAAGAAGACCUCGCAGCGCCCUCAGCGGGGGCUUCCCAAUGUCCUCCGUGCCCGCAGGUAUCGAUGGCAGACUGAAGGGCUGCAGGAGUCUGAGGAAUCCAAGAACCAUCGCUCGAUGGUCGUCCUGCCGACACAGACACCUCUGCCUGUGCACACCACCUCAGAAACGACAGGCGGCCAGAAGUGAACUGUGCUGAACUGUUUGCAAAAGUGACUAUUAUUAUUUUUUUCCCAGUCUCAUGGGAGGUGUUUUCAAGGUCUGGCCCCAGCCUUUUCUCUUGCAGACCAAGGUGGAGUGGCGAGAGCAAAUGUCCUUUCACACCAAGGAACAACAGAAAAAGGGGCACGGGAACACCAAACGAAUGGGAUUAUGACAUCAGUGGUGGCAGCAACAUUUUUGUGGCAUUGUCUUUAUAAUUUUUUUUUAAUCUAUUGGUUGGCUUUGUACUUUCCUACCCAGUAUUUUCAGCUUGAACCUAACAGGGACAGCUAAGGCACUUGAACUAUAUAAUAACAGACUUGCCUUUCAGUCCAUAUACUAACCAAUGAAGACAGAGCAAGAGAAGAUCAUGGUAUUAAAAGAAGGCCAAAUUCUAUAUUUCAACUGACAGUAAAAAGAAAAAGAAGGGAAACAAAAUCUGAGGUUUUAAAGGUUGGCCUAGCCUUUACCCCAUUUUAUUGUUUUAUAAGUCACAAUUGAUAUAUUUGAGGGGGAUUUUUUUUUGCACAUUUAAAAAGCUAGAAAAGAAAUGAUGAGGCCCACUACCUUUUUUUUUUUUAAAAAAAAUUACACAGUUCAAAAUGUACUUGCACCUUUAAAAAAAAAAUCACAGAUGAAGUGAAAGAGUUUGGGUGAACGUAAGUUCGCUCUAAUGGCGGAGGCGUCAGCAUUGCACAUUUGCCACAGAUUUAGUUGAAUUAUAUGAAAUAUAUAUUAUAUAUAACUUUUUUUGUUUUUUGUUUUUUGUUUUGGCAGAAAAGCACUAUUUUUAAUGGGACCAUUUUGUGUGUGUCUAGUAAACUGAAGAGGGAUUGUAAUGUUUAAAUGUUGUUAAUGGUGCUAUUGUAAGUUGGAAGGGGAAAAACAAACCCAGAGGGCAGGGUGGGAAGGACAAGAUCUCGAAAUAUACUGAACUUGAAAUUUUUUAGCUUUUCGUUUUAGGAAAGUGUGAUAAGUAUGUUCUUUUUUUUUCUCUUCUGAACUAUAGCUUGGUCAUGACCAUAAGAUCUAAUUGCCACUCACAUGUAUCCAUACAAUAGCACACACAGGCAGAAUCAUCUAUAUUCAUUUUUUUAGGUGAAAAUAUAUAUUUUUUAAAAAGUACUUUAUUCAGUCUCUGAUAUCCAAAUCCUCUUACAGCAUGCCUUCUGCAAAGGGCUUUGCAUGUAUUGGAGAAGUAAUCCAUCAUGGACCUACUCACUCUACUAAGCGUUCACCUUAGCUUCUGCAGAACAAGAGCUACUUUCCUCUUGGGCAGUUUGGUCAUUUUCUGUUCUGUCUCCCUCAGCCACCAUCUUAUCUGGUCAACCCAUAUCUAUUCAUACCUUUCAGGGCUUCCAAGAAGGAAACAUCUUGCCCAGAUUGGCCUUCUUAGGAUAGGUAGUUCAAUUAACAAACCAUCCUGCUUGGUUGCUUUCCCUUCUUUUCCAAAGAGUUAAGUUCCUAGAGAGAUCCCUUGUGCAUCUCUUUUAUAUUAAACAGAACCACUUAGAACCAUACUAUGUUCUUCCAAUCAUAGGGAUGGAAAGAGGGAACACAAAGGUCCCGCGAGGAAGGCGAAAGGGGAGGUAGGUACAUAGCUGCCUUGGUAGAAACAGUGGCCUUUUUUGGCUCUAAGAUGCAAGGGAGGCAUAACAAUUCUGUCUCUUCAUUCUUGAGGUGUGAAAGAAUAACCUCGAGUUUAAUGCAUUAGAGAAAAUGAUCAAUACAGUUGCUUGAAGCUCAUUCCUUGAUUUGAGCAAUGUGCCACAGAUGGUUUUAUAAAAAUAUCAGAACUAACUGUUUUAAUCUUAGAUUCAUGAAGGGAGAGCCCAGUAAUCCUAUGGUGUACAAACAGUUGCUUAAAGAAAAAGGGACAUCUAACUCAUUCUGUACUGGCUUUGCUUUAUAUAUAUUUAUAUAUAUAUACACACAUAUGCGCAUUUAAAGAACCUAAAGAUUAUACUUGAAUUGUAUUCUUUUCUUUUUUAAACAUAGGGUUUGUGGGUUUUUUACACAUGUUAUCAGUUUUGAAUUUUUUUUUAUCUUGCAAUCAUGAGCCAUGAGGCCUUUGGGAUAUUAGUUUGGCAUGGCCCUGUAAAAAAAUCAACAAUAGCUCCCUUAAGUACGAAACAGGAAAUAAUUGCUUUAAUUCAAAAGUAAGUGGAAGAAGGGAGCAAAAGAAUUUAAACUCUUAAAAAAAGUUUUGUUUGCAAAUGAGGAUUCAAAAAAAAAAUCCAAAAACAAAACUAGCCCCCUUUUAGGCGUAAAAUGUUCAUACAGAUGUAUAAAUGUUUUUUCCCCAUUAUAUUCUCCCACCUCUAUAUUUAAUAUAUCAGAAGAAUGGAACAGGGAGAAUUGUUUUCAUUUCAAGGGGUAAUAGUGAUGAAAGAGAAAAGGGAAUUUCUGUAUAAUCUGGGCUCUGUUUUUUGGUAAUUCUUAAGAGAGUUAUCCUUAUAUUGCAAAGCAGUGGCAUGCUGGCUUUGAGUUUAUAGUAUAUUAAGGAAUAGAGUGAUCCUAAAACCAAACGUACCACCGAGAGCUUUGGGGAAAAUCUUCAUAAUUAGCAGGAGGACUCUGUAUGCAUACAGUUUUGGCACUUCCACCUCUUGGAAGCUAGUUCAGUGCCCCUUUAGCAGUUCUAGAAGACUGUUCUUCAAGAUAGUUUCUUUCCAUCACUUUGUGUACUUAGGUACCUUAGUGCUGGGUGCCGAGCUUUUAAUGAUGCUUUGCCAAUAUCUCCCCUCCCAAAGGCAUGUCAGAUUUAUUCCUAGUGACUAAAUCUGAGCAAGGAGACUUGAACAGAAGAAAAAGCUGAGCGUUGGAUGGCAUCUUGCUUGCUUGCUGAACUUCCAGGUACAGACACUCUUUAAGGCUUUGUUCCUAUGCUUUUGCAUUGGAACAAGCCCUGUUAAACAGACUAACUGUACAAACAAGUUGGACUGCCUGUUUUUAAGCAAAAAAAAAAAAAAAAAGCUAU